GCUCGUGCAAGUACCUUCACGGUGUACCGUAAAUGGACACACAUCGCUUCGAUCACAGAUCACAGAAGCACAGGCAGCCAGGGGCAGCAGAUCUCCGAGAUCUGUGCCCCGCGCGGGCGCGCCGCUUCCAUGCCUGCCACCGUAUGGCGCCCGCCGCAGUCGCGACCACCGUCCAUGCUUGGAAUCUUCGCGCCUUCUCGAUCGCACCGAAACUGCCAUCUUGGGCGGACAAUGGACGGCCUGCCAUUGUCCUCCAGCCUUCGCAAGAUCUCGGUGAUGCAUGUAUCACGUCGCAAUUCGAAUUGAAUGCGACUUCCCUCGGGGCGUCGAGUCGACAUCGCCCGGUAUGGGUGUGCCAUCGUCUUGGUGGAUGUGAUUGAUCCAGAGUGCGGUACGCGGUGUCGGCUCGACGUCCAUCGAGCCCCGCAGACUCGUCCGUCACGCCUGCGACAUUUAUUCCCGGCCGGCGGAAACGGUAUCCUACCGACAGUGGCAUCACCGCCGGGGCGCCUGACCCCGACAAGGGAAGACGGGAACAACAUCGAACUUGUGACGGUCCAAGCUUGGUCCAAGCUGCUGUCAUUGCUCCGGAGCCUUUCCAGAAUUCACGUCUUCACAUUCAAUGAUUAUAUCAUGACGGGAAUGACGUGGGCCUGCAGCCCAAAAGCUCUACCAUGCGUGAGCAUGAAAGUUCGCUCUCACCGUGGAGCGUGCGUGCUUCGGAUUUCACUGAUAUACGUGGACUGGUACGUGCUCUAUCCCUUUCCUGCGCGACUAUGUCACCAUACCGCCACAAGUGCUCACCGCCAGACACGCCGCAGGCCCACGGAAGUGCCGGACUACCACCGGCGUUGCACUGAGCUCGCCGGUGGGAAGGCACGGCGCAUGUGCGGCCGUCGGGCGAUUGUGCGCAUGUGAGAGUCGGUGACGACGCUCGAUGGGCCCCGUGAUUAUGGUGACGUCCGUCCGUAGGCCACUCGUGGUGUGCGAAUCAUGUGAACACGGUCCAGUGUAGAGGCGUGUCACCCUGUCCGCGCGAUCGACCG